AUGACUCAAGUUAUCAGCUUUUCAGGGGAACAAACUCAAUUGAAUUCCCCUGUUUCUUUCUCAGGCCAAAGCACAGGAUUCUUAGAAAUUAGCACCACAUAUCGAUCAUUUACAGGGACAAGAGUAGGUUCCGCUUCAGUAACUGGAAAAAGAAUUCUUUCACAAAGUACACUAUAUCGGCCAGAAAGUGACAAUUUAAGCAAAUUUCCUAUUCCUGUCCAAAUUUUCACAAAAUCAAAAAAACCAUAUAAAACACUAGAAAGCCAAAAUGACAAUUCAAAUCUAUCACAAAAAUUUUUGUCAAAAUCAAAUACUGAAAGAAAAUAUUUAGGAAAAGUAAAGCAAACACCGCCUAUCCAUCCUUCUAAAACAAAACUAGCUAAAGAAGCAACGAAAAUGAGCAAAAAUUUGAUUAUGAAUAGACAUCUUUCGCAGAGCAAGUCUCAGAAAAAGCUGUUUGAAGUUAAAACUCCAUUUAGUAAGUCAUUUUCGACUCCUGAAAUAAAAACAAAAGAGGUUGGGAUAAAACCUGAGAUCGCCAAAAAAAUUGAUGAAAAUAAGCCAAGAGCUGUCACAAAAAUCGACGAUAUUGUUAAGAAAACAUUAUUUCAAGAAAAGGCUAAAAAAGUCAGAAAAAUCAAAGCGGAACAAGAGCUUAAAGCUAAAACAGAGCGAAGAAAAAUCGAAUUAAAAAUCCAAAAUAACCAAAUUCGCCAAGAAAAUUCAAUAAAAUUUAGACAAGAAAAAUUCCAACCAAAAAUAGCUUGGGGCGCUAACGAAAAAAAAGUUUUAGGUUUGGACAUGGUCGAGCUUCAAAAAGAAAUUGAAGAGCAGCGCAAGCAUAAAAGAGAAAUUCGAGCCCACACAAAAUCAGCUGAAAAAGAUCGAAUUGGAUUGGAGUUUCUUGAAGAACUGAAAUUAGAAAUAGGAAAAGAGCCUCGAAGUAAAAGUGUAAACCAAGAUAUGAUAAUCCCAUUUAAGGCUGUUAAAAAAUCAGACCCAAAAAUUCAAGCUUUUAUAAAGGUUCAAAAAAAAUCAAGAAAAGAAUCAAAAGUUCAGGAAAUGUUGCAUCAUCAAGCUGAAGAGGCUAAAAGGCUCACACAACUAAAACAAUUAGAUAUUUUUGCAAAAUCACAGAUUUCUCAGCUGAAAAAGAAGAAAAAAUCAAAAACAAAUAAGAAAAAGAAUAAAAAAAAAUCGACAAAAACUUGGAUAGAAGAGUCUCCUAUCAGUGAAAUUGAGGAGCAGACUUUUCAGCCAUUAACAACCAGAAAAUUAAUUAACGAGCACUCCGAAAGUAAAGACUCUUUCCAAGAAAAUCUAGUUAGCACAAUUAGUUAUAAACCUAAAGAGGAUUUAAAGCUCCAAGACAGCUUAAAGAUAUAUAUUGCUUCAGAUACAAAUUUAGAAGAAGGCGAGCCAAGUAGCAAUAUAAACUUUCAGGAUUCAUCUCCAACAAAUAAUCCCAAAUUAUUAGAUAGUUCUUUAUCAAAUGGAAAAUUUAUUUCAGAUUCGAACAUUUCGAUAGAAAUAAGAAAAAAUGAUAUCAAAAAAAGAAUUGAUGACCUGAAAAAUCGUAUAGGAAGAGUCAAAGAAAAUUUCAAAGAACCCUCUCCGAGUUCCAAAAAUAAAGCAGCUGCUAAAAUUCAAUCCUAUGUUAGGAAAUUUCUAUUGCUAAAAAGACUAGAGAAAGAGACUUUUACUAACGAGGAUAAUGAAGUUCAACAAAUCCUAUCAAAAGAAAAAAAAUCCAAAAAAAAUUUAGAAAUUCAAGUAGAACCAUCUCCUUAUUCUUCUUCAGAAACAAGCUCUGAAAUUCCAGCUGAAAAUUUAAUUGAUAUUUUAAGCCCAUAAAUAAAAUGGCAUUCGUUCGAGAGAAAUUAGCUCUGCUAAUUUUCUCUCCCUUAUGGAAUUUUAUUUAUAGGGUUAGGUUUUCACUCGAAGACUUCUGGACAGCAAUAGCGGUUUAACUUUGGAGAUAACCAGAGGAACCACUCCUCAGUCCACUCAAGAUUUCGGGCUUUUACCUCUCAGCACAUCCCCACGGGAGGAUGACCCUUAGGCGGAACACGCGCAGGAGCUGAGUCGAGCGACAAGGGCGACGGCAACGCGCCGGGUGAGACGUGCAGCAAGGCCGGUGAAGCAGGAGUUGAUAGAAGGCUUGGACGGGGCUGACCUGUGCCAAGAUGGCUCGCCUACGUCACUAGUUUUGCCAUAGUCCUUUUGGGCUGCGGCACUAGACACCUUAAACACCAGAUAAUUAAGUAAGUAAGAUAUUUUAAGCCCAAAAAUGAGCACAGCACAUCUAGAAGACCGCUUAAUAGAAGAACUUAAAAAUAUAGAAGAAAUCAAGCACCAAAAAGAUGAAUAUAAAGACAUUUUAAAAGACCAAAUAAUUUGGCAAGGAAACCAAAAGCAAAAUCUUCAAAAGUUAAAAGAAAAAGAGCUUAGGGAACUCAAAGAAAUCACAGAAAAAUCAGGCCUUGGAAAAGACAUUGAGAAAAUGUUAAGAAAAAUAAUAGAAGAUAGAUAAGGACCCCCCCUCAUUUGUCCGAUUUUCUAGUCUUUUAUCAUUUGUCCAUUUUUCUAGUUUUUUUUUUAUAGGAAAAAAAAAAAUUUUUUUAGGACCUCAUUUGUCCAAUUUUCUAGUCAAAAUUUUGAUAGAGAAAAAAAAUUUUCAGGACCUCAAUUGUCUCAUUUUCUAGUUUUUUUAAAGUAAAAAACUAGAAUUUAGGGCAUUCGAAAAAAUCCAAAAAAAGACUAGAAAAUUGGACAAAUCAUUUUUGACUAGAUUUUGGGACAAAUGAGGUCCUGAAAAAAAAAAUUCUUAUAAAAAAAAGACUAGAAAAUUCGACAAAUGAGGGGGGGGUCCUUAUAUGCAUCUAGGAAAUUUAAUAGAAGAAAAUAUAGAAAAUGUCCAGGAAGCUUUAACCAAAGAUCAUGAGCAUAUUUCAAUUCAUAAAGAAAAUGAAGAAGAAAAUAUGAAAGAAUAUACAGAAGAUAGCUCAAGUGGAAGCAGUUAUUUCGAGUCCCAAGCUUCUGAUAAAUUUAUGGAAAUGUUUAAUAAAAAAAAACAAAAAUUCAGUGAAUCAGAAAGUGACAGUUUAAGACCAGUCAGCUAUGAAAAAAUUUUCCAAGACUUUUGAGAAAAUAAAAAGUCUGAGGAAAGUGUAGAGGUUUUGAAUAUUAUCGGAAAAAGUGAAGAAAAUGAUGAAGGAGGUAAAAAUUUCAGUGAUGUCCCUUCAUAUUUAAGCAAUAUUACUGCAGAGCAAUCAGAAAAAAUAAAUUUUCCUGACUUUAAUCAAGUGGCUAAUAUAGAAACUGAUGAAGGGGAUGAAAUUUUCAAAAAUCUUAUUAGUGAUGCAUCAUUUAAAGGCCCCGAAAACGAACCAUUGAAAAUUGAAGAAAAUAAAGAAAAUUCCCAAAUUCAAAAAACUAGCUUUGAAUGUGUAAAUGAAUCUGUUACAAGUUCUAUCAAAAAAAAUGAAAGUUUAUCAGAAAUUGAGGCUAAGUCUGAAGAAAUAUUAAAAGAAUUAGAUAAUGCUAUAGACAAAAUAUUAGAAUUUCCAAGCAUUUCUACAGAAAGUCCUGAAUUUUCUAAACCAAACUUACCUGCAGUGUCUCCAAAUAUGAGUGAAGGGCCGUCAAUAACCUCAUUUGAUUUACCAGUAAGCUCAAGCAGUCCUCAUCAAGGUGCAAUUUUUAUUGAAGAAGGGAAAUCAACAGAAAAUUCAAAUCCUGCUAAUAAUAUGACUGAAGAGGAUUCUUCACUUUUUGAUGAACUACAACAGCUCACUACAGAGCCAGACAACCCUAUAGAAAAGUCUCCAUUUCAGUAUAAGGUUAGUGACAGUGAAGACGAAAAGUCAAAGCCAACCACCCCAAUUCCUGAGCUUCAAGAAGAAAAACCUCCCAGCCCAAAGCUUACUCGUGAAAUCACCCCAGAACUUAUUUCCCGAAUUUCUGAGUCUAUAUUAGAAAUGCUCAUAAGAGAUGAAGUCAUCCCUCAACUUUCUCAAUCAAGCCAAAUAAACUUUGAAGAGCUUAUAAAAACCGAUGAAAGCUUUCCUGAAGACCUUAUGAUUAAAACUGACUCUUUAUCAGUCCAAAAAUAUGUGGAACAAAUUUUUAACCUUGGGCUACACAAUAUAGCUUCUGCACCCUUUUGGUUUGCCAAUUAUGUCUAGCGAGCUAAAAGAGAUGCAAACUAAGCCAUUAGAAAUUAAAUUUUAAUUUCCUUUGGCUUAAAUUUGGAGUUUUGGGAGUUUUGGGAGUUUUGGGAGAGUUGGGAGUUUUGGGAGUUUAGGAGUUGGGAAUUUGGGGGAGUUUUGGGAGUUUUUGGGAGUUUUGGAGUUUUGGGAGUUUUGGGAGUUUUGGGAGUUUUGGGAAUUCUGGGAGUGGUGUGUGGAAGUGAUGUUGGGGAAAUUGUGUAGGGCUAAAGUAAUAUUUCUUCUUCUUUGGCCUAAGUUUAUUUUGGGUCUUUAAAAGGCCAAAAGAGAGAAGAAACUAUAUUGAAGAUUUUCUUAAAAAUUUAACACUUCCUUUAAAACGAAACCCAUUAGAUGCAUUAUCAAGAAUGCAAGAAACUGAAAUAGGAACUCAUGUGGAGGGUGAAUUCAUUCAGCCACCUCCUAUAUUUAACGUUGAUUAUUAUUUGGAAUUAGAACAUCAGGACCUUUCAUUUUCAAAAAAAAAUGUGAGCCCUAGCACCUUGCAGCUAUUAUCAGAAUGUGAGCAUAUUCAUAAUAAAAUGAUUUUUGAUGCCACAAACGAAUCUUUACAAAAACAUAGGCCUUAUGGACUUAAAGGAGUCCCUAUGCCUUGGAGUAGCUCAAAUAGGCUAAUGGUGGAUAUGCAUAAAGGCUUAGAUGUGAUUAUAGAGGAGGUCAAAAAAGAAACAGAAAAAUGGAGUUUGCUGCAAGCUGGGAAAAUCCUUACCAAGGAUAUGUUUUUAACUGGAGGAGCUUUUGAUGAAGAGUUUUUGCAGCAGACUAGAGAAGAAAAGUUAGCGAUGCUACUAACAGAUGAUUUAGUAGAAAAAGAUGAUGUGUGGGUUGAGUAUGAGUUUGAGGAAACUCAAGUAAAAUUAGAUCUUGCUGAUAUGAUUUUAGAAGAUCUUGUGAUAGAAACAUUUAGUAUUUUAGAUGAUAACUAUUAA